UCUUCUUCUUCUUCUUCUUCUCAUUCUCACUCUCUCUCUCACUUCACCAACCAUGGCUUCUACCUCAACCUCCCCCUCCCUCUCUCUCUCCCAAGCCCUCCUCACGCGCCCCUCUUCCCUCCCCUCCUCCACGCGCCUCUCCCUCCCCGCCUUCUCCGGCCUCCGCCAAUCCACCACCCUCUCCCUCUCCCUCUCCCACACUCCAACCACUCACCGCCGCCUUCCCGCCGCCGUCAAAGCCUCCGUUGCGGCGGAGACUGCGAAGAAGGUGACCACUGAUGAGUCGCUGGUGGACAAGUCGGUCAACACGAUCCGGUUCCUGGCUGUGGAUGCGGUGGAGAAGGCGAAUUCCGGUCACCCGGGUCUCCCCAUGGGUUGCGCUCCGAUGGGUCACGUGCUCUACGAUGAGAUCAUGAGGUACAACCCCAAAAACCCCAAGUGGUUCAACCGCGAUCGGUUCGUUCUGUCUGCGGGUCAUGGUUGCAUGCUCCACUAUGCUCUGCUUCACCUUGCUGGCUUCGACAGCGUUAAGGAAGAAGAUUUGAAGGAAUUCCGGCAAUGGGGGAGCAGAACUCCGGGACAUCCUGAGAACUUUGAGACCCCUGGAAUUGAAGUCACAACAGGUCCUCUUGGUCAGGGGAUUGCCAAUGCUGUUGGUUUGGCCCUUGCAGAGAAGCACUUGGCAGCAAGAUAUAACAAGCCUGACAGUGAAAUUGUUGAUCAUUACACGUAUGUUAUAUUGGGUGAUGGUUGUCAGAUGGAGGGGAUUGCAAAUGAAGCAUGCUCACUUGCCGGUCACUGGGGACUGGGGAAGCUUAUAGCAUUUUAUGAUGACAAUCACAUUUCUAUUGAUGGUAACACAGAUAUUGCAUUCACUGAGAGUGUUGAUAGUCGUUUUGAGGGACUUGGAUGGCAUGUUAUUUGGGUGAAGAAUGGAAACAAUGGCUAUGAUGAUAUUCGUGCUGCUAUUAAGGAAGCAAAAGCUGUCCCAGACAAACCCACAUUGAUCAAGGUCACAACAACCAUUGGUUUUGGUUCUCCUAACAAAGCUAACUCCUACAGUGUGCAUGGAAGUGCACUUGGUGCCAAAGAAGUUGAAGCCACCAGAGCGAACCUUGCAUGGCCGCAUGAGCCUUUCCAUGUGCCUGAGGAUGUCAAAAAACACUGGAGUCGCCAUAUCCCUGAGGGUGCUGCACUUGAGGCUGAGUGGAAUGCCAAGUUUGCUGAAUAUGAAAAGAAAUACAAGGAGGAAGCUGCAGAGUUUAAGUCUAUUAUUAAUGGUGAUUUACCUGCUGGUUGGGAGAAAGCACUUCCGACAUACACUCCAGAGACCCCAGCUGAUGCCACCAGAAAUCUGUCUCAGACUAACCUAAAUGCCCUUGCAAAGGUUCUUCCUGGUCUGCUUGGUGGUAGUGCAGAUCUUGCUUCUUCCAACAUGACCUUGCUGAAAAUGUUUGGGAACUUCCAAAAGGACACUCCGGCGGAGCGUAAUGUCAGAUUUGGUGUUAGAGAACAUGGAAUGGGAGCUAUCUGCAAUGGUAUUGCUCUUCACAGCCCUGGACUGAUUCCUUACUGUGCAACUUUCUUUGUUUUCACCGACUACAUGAGAGGUGCCAUAAGGCUUUCUGCCCUGUCUGAGGCUGGGGUUAUAUAUGUCAUGACCCAUGAUUCCAUAGGGCUCGGAGAGGAUGGGCCAACCCACCAGCCGAUAGAGCAUCUUGCGAGCUUCCGGGCAAUGCCGAACAUCCUGAUGCUUCGUCCUGCAGAUGGUAAUGAAACAGCUGGAGCUUACAAAGUUGCUGUGGUUAACAGGAAGAGACCCUCUAUCCUUGCCCUUUCCAGGCAAAAAUUGCCCAAUCUUCCUGGAACUUCAAUUGAAGGAGUUGAAAAGGGUGGGUACACCAUUUCCGACAACUCAACCGGCAACAAGCCCGAUGUCAUUCUGAUCGGAACUGGUUCUGAGUUGGAAAUUGCUGCCAAAGCUGCUGAUGAUCUAAGAAAGGAAGGGAAGGCAGUUAGAGUUGUUUCCUUCGUCUCAUGGGAACUUUUCGAUGAGCAAUCAGAAGCUUACAAGGAGAGUGUUCUACCUUCCGCUGUUUCAGCUAGAGUUAGCAUUGAGGCAGGGUCAACAUUUGGGUGGGAGAAAAUUGUUGGAAGCAAGGGGAAGGCAAUAGGUAUUGAUCAUUUUGGAGCCAGUGCUCCUGCGGGGAGAAUAUACAAGGAGUUCGGUAUCACUAAGGAAGCUGUUAUUGCUGCAGCUAAAGAGCUUAUCUAGAUUGUAUUAGUUUCUGCACAUUUUGAACUUUCUGUUUUCCUUCUGAUUUCGGGUUUGAUAUUUACAGAGAGGGCUGUUUCAAGAGCAUUCCGUUGCUUGAAUAAGAAAAGGUUAGAUUACUGUUGCUUGGGAUUGUAAGUGAAGCAACAUAGAUCAAAGAAGAGUGUAAUGCAACUAAUAAAUUUUUAUGAACUCGGAUUGUCACUUGUUUGAA